AUGACACGAAAAAUAGAAGGGAGAGGCGCAUUUAUUGACGGUGAUGGGGGCCGCGGAACGUCACUCGAGGCCGCCCCACAGCGUGAGGUGGAGGUGACUGUGUACGACAAGGUGCUUGACGAGAUGCGCGUGUUUCGCUGCGAUCUUCAUCUACUGGAGACUUCGAUGGCCUACUUUUCGCCCAUUAUCCGGCGGUAUCUGGGGGAAGAAGAGGAAAAAGAGAGGGCAAAGAAAGCGUCUGUGGACGGAGCCGAAGUUGGGGAUGAUGCUGUUGCUGCUGGUAUUUCCAGUGUUGCCUCUGGAAAGGGGGGGAGCGGCACGGUGAAGAGCCAAGAGGAAGGAGGAUCCUCUAAGUGCAAACGGCCUGUGGUACGGUCACCCAUUCCUUUGCGUGUCAACUGCGACAUGGGAAUAUUUGCCUGGCUGAUGUCGUACGUGGAGGGGAAGCAGCGCCCCUUUACGCCAGAGAACGCCGUAUCCAUUGCACUCUCCUCAAAUUUUUUGCUCAUGACGCAGCUUGUUGACUUGCCCCUUCAGUACAUCAAGGAUCACCUCGUGCAGGUGAUGCUCUCUGGAGUGAACAUGGAGUGCCUGACGGGGGAGCUGCUGGCGCGGCUGUCUAGUAUGUUGUCGGAGGGUGACCUUGCGCGGGCCUUUUUGAAACUCUUCGAGUGGCGGGUAGAAGACUCACCGAACCGGCGCUUCCUGACAGCACUGCUUCGGCACAUGGUGUGCGAUCGGUUUGGACAAGGACGUGCGAUUGGUCUGCGUUGGUGCCGCUACUGUGGAGUUCUCUUUGACGAGCAGGAACUUAAGCGUCUGCAGCGAAGUGGAAAGAGUGUGAGACCGGUAAUAUGCCCGAGACUCACCAAAAACUCCAUUGGUACCCGUGGUGAGAUUCUUACCACGCAUGUUUCCUCGCAGCAUCCAGUCGAUCUCGCAUUCCCGUCGCUCUCAUGGAGCGAUGAACACGUUGAGCGUUGGGCAUGGCGUAUCAUUGGAGCAACUUGCUUUUUCUUAUGCCGCCGCUGCAAUCAUCAUGUUAUGCUCAUCGACACCGUUGAUCAUGGGUGCCAUGGCGGAAUGACAAACUUCGUGUUCGUGGACGGAUGCAGCCGUUCAGACGCUGAGGCGCUCCUUGCGUGGUAUGAAGUUGCAAAGGAUCUCUACGUUGGUGGCUUGAGUUCCAUGCACUCCCACCAGACAGACGUUCCGCGUGAGUGCAUUCUGGCGCUGUCGCCAACAGGAGAAUGGAUAUGUGACGACGGAAGCGAGCGCGGUGUUCCUGGUUUGUGGUGCACGCACCCGAUCGCCGUAGCAAGAUCAGUUGAUGCAAAAGGGAAAGUAAGUCUAGAUAGCCAAAACGGUUUUGAGCGUUGGCUGGUGAUGGAGUUGCAACAGGUUAUGGAGGAGUUUGGGGAUUUGGGCCGUCCGGGCGCUUUGGAAGGCAAUACAAGAACCCCAACGCCACCACCGCAUUCAAUGUCUCCUGUUGGUGGUGUCGGCACUUCCGCGUUGCCGCUGCACUUCGGGGCGCGCAACCGGGGUGAAAGCCUUAACGGGAGUGGGUCCACGCGUCCACCGUUUCGCGGUGGUAGAUCAGACGGCCGAGCGGGAAUUGCUAACGGAAAUGACACCGCAGGCAGGCGGAAGGAAGCCCCCUCCAGCGGCAUGCAGCAGCGUGCUAGGGCUGUCGCUGGGUGUGCAAGAGGCGCGGCGUAUGAGCACAACCGUAACGGAAUCGCCUCACCAUCUACUCAAUCUGUCCGUGUGCAAGAGGCGCAUGCGCCGAAGCUUUCCAUGCAGAACCUGCUGUCUCUCAGCUCUGUGCUUGGGAAGCGCAACCCAACCCUUCAACAGGCUACGCAGUAA